AUGGGCUCCAGCGGCGAGGUCAAUGGCGUCCCGCCGCCUCAUACCAUCUUCGACACCAUUCUGGUGCUCGACUUCGGCUCUCAAUAUACCCAUUUGAUCACGCGUCGACUCAGAGAACUCAACAUCUACUCCGAGAUGCUCCCUUGCACCCAGAAAUUGGCAGAACUGUCUUGGAAACCCAAAGGCGUCAUCUUGUCAGGAGGACCAUAUUCUGUCUAUCAAUCAGACGCACCACACGUCGACCCUGCAGUCUUCGACCUCGAUGUCCCCAUUCUGGGCAUAUGCUACGGACUGCAAGAGAUGGCAUGGCAUUUUGGAAAGAAUGUGGCGGCGGGAGAGAAGAGAGAAUAUGGGAAGACAACACUGCAAGUCUCUCGGCACCAUGCUCACAUAGACCACUUGUUCGACGGCUUAGAUGCUGGACUGGAGGUAUGGAUGUCUCAUGGUGACAAGCUCUCCAAGAUGCCAGACAACUUCCUCACCAUAGCCACAACUCCCAAUGCCCCAUUCGCCGGCAUUGCCCAUGAGACAAAACCUUACUAUGGUAUUCAAUUCCAUCCCGAGGUCACCCACACGCCGAGGGGAACCCAGGUGAUCAAGAACUUUGCUGUGACUAUUUGCAACGCGAAGCAGGAUUGGACGAUGGGGGCAUUCGUAGACAAGGAGAUCUCAAGAAUCAGAGGGCUUGUGGGAGAGAAAGGCCAGGUCAUUGGUGCUGUCAGUGGCGGUGUCGACUCGACCGUCGCUGCCAAGCUCAUGCAGCAGGCCAUCGGUGACCGAUUCCACGCAGUCAUGGUUGACAACGGCACACUGCGCAUGAAUGAGGCCAAAGAGGUCGAGAAGACUUUGAAGGAAGGUCUCGGCGUCAACUUGACCGUUAUCGACGCAAGCCAGCUCUUCCUCGGCCGUCUGAAAGGAGUUAGCGAGCCGGAGACUAAACGAAAGAUCAUCGGCAACACGUUCAUCGACAUCUUUCAGGAGAAGGCCAAGGAGAUUGCUGCGGCGGCUGAAAGUACCGAGAGAGCGGGCAAGAUCGAGUGGUUCUUACAAGGUACCUUGUAUCCAGAUGUGAUCGAAUCCAUCUCGUUCAAGGGACCGAGUGCCACAAUCAAAACCCACCACAAUGUCGGGGGCUUACCAGAGAAGAUGGACCUCAAGUUGAUCGAGCCUCUUCGUGAGCUGUUCAAGGACGAGGUCCGCGCACUUGGAACCGAGAUGGGAAUUCCGGACGAUCUUGUCUGGAGGCAUCCGUUCCCAGGUCCUGGUCUCGCCAUUCGGAUCAUCGGCGAAGUUACUGCAGACCGCAUCAGAAUCGCUCAAGAGGCCGACAAGAUCUGGAUUGCAGAGAUCAAGGCAGCGGGAUUCUAUCGCACCAUCUCGCAAGCUUACGCUGCGGUGCUCGGGGUGAAGUCUGUUGCAGUCGUCGGGGAUCAGCGACUUCACGGGGAGAUCAUUCACUUGAGAGCAGUUCAGACAACCGACUUCAUGACGGCGAACGUAUUCCAGGAUGCCCCAAUGAGCUGGUUUACGAAGGUGGCCGACAAGAUUGCCAAUGAGGUCUCGGGCGUUGCUCGCGUCGUCUACGAGGUGACUAGCAAGCCUCCGGCAACGAUUGAGUUGGAAUGA